AUGUCGCGCUCCCGCCUGGGGUUCCUCGUGCACCGAGGAUCCGCUGGGGCGACCACUGGCGCUCGGCGCCACGGGAUCCCCGGGCGACUCCGCCUCUCGCCGGCCCUUGGUGCGCAGGCGCGCCAGCGGGGCUGCGCUGCCCGGGAGCUGGCGGCGCGCGGCUCUGCUCCGUGGUGUCUGAUCGCGGCCCGAGCCUGCGCUGGACACAUAUGUCGAGUGUGUCGGUCGGAAGGCACCCCGGAGAAACCUCUUUACCAUCCCUGUGUGUGCACCGGCAGCAUCAAGUUUAUCCAUCAGGAAUGCUUAGUUCAGUGGCUGAAACACAGUCGAAAGGAAUACUGUGAAUUAUGCAAGCACAGAUUUGCCUUCACGCCCAUUUACUCCCCAGAUAUGCCUUCACGGCUGCCCAUCCAAGACAUCUUUGCCGGCCUGGUGACGAGUAUCGGCACCGCGAUACGGUACUGGUUCCACUACACACUCGUGGCCUUUGCCUGGUUGGGAGUCGUCCCUCUUACCGCUUUGACGGUGUGGACUCCUGCCGUGCAGUCUCCUCCUGGGUCCCCCAUCCCCGUUCCGGAGAACUUGCUGGCAGACUGCCUGCAAGGCUGCUUCGUGGUCACGUGCACACUGUGUGCCUUCAUCAGCCUGGUGUGGCUGCGUGAGCAGAUCGUCCACGGGGGCGCCCCCAUCUGGCUGGAGCACGCAGCCCCGCCGUUCAACGCAGCAGGGCACCACCAGCACGAGGUGCCAGCAGGAGGGAACGGAGCUGACAACGCUGCCCCCGAGCAGCCUGCCAACCCCCCAGCGGAGAACGCCGUGGUGGGGGAGAACCCUGACGCGCAGGACGACCAGGCCGAGGAGGAGGAGGACAACGAGGAGGAGGACGAUGCGGGCGUGGAGGAUGCAGCCGACGCCAACAACGGGGCCCCAGAUGACAUGAACUGGAACGCGCUGGAGUGGGACCGGGCUGCGGAGGAGCUCACGUGGGAGAGGAUGCUAGGCCUCGACGGAUCACUCGUGUUUCUCGAGCAUGUGUUCUGGGUGGUGUCUCUGAAUACACUGUUCAUCCUUGUUUUUGCCUUCUGCCCUUACCACAUUGGCCAUUUCUCCCUUGUUGGUUUGGGAUUUGAAGAACACGUGCAGGCAUCUCAUUUUGAAGGGCUGAUCACGACCAUCGUCGGGUACAUACUUUUGGCAGUCACACUCAUCGUCUGCCACUUAACUGUAACCCUUUCUCCACACUCGGUGGCCGCACUGAUGGCACUUUGUCCCCCCCAGGUCUCAUUGCUGGUGGUAGUGGAAAUUGGCGUGUUCCCGCUCAUCUGCGGCUGGUGGCUGGACAUCUGUUCCCUGGAGAUGUUUGAUGCCACUCUGAAGGACCGAGAGCUGAGCUUCCAGUCAGCCCCAGGCACCACCAUGUUCUUGCACUGGCUGGUGGGGAUGGUGUAUGUGUUCUACUUUGCCUCCUUCAUCCUACUGCUGAGAGAGGCCCUGGGCUGUGCCUUGUGCUGUGCCCUGCGUCAGGCACUGGGCUACCGUGAUAGGAAGGACACGAUUCCCCCACCCUCCAUGUCCCUGUGUGCACCCGGCUCAGCGCCCACAGCUGAGCGCCCCCUGGUGUCCACAGGUGUGACUGCGGAAAUGCAGAACCUGGUGCAGCGGCGAAUCUACCCGUUCCUGCUGAUGGUCGUCGUCCUGAUGGGCAUCCUGUCCUUCCAGGUCCGCCAGUUCCGGCGCCUCUACGAGCACAUCAAGAAUGACAAGUACCUUGUGGGGCAGCGCCUGGUGAACUACGAGCGCAAGUCGGGCAAGCCAGGCAGUUCGCCGCCGCCGCCGCCGCUGUCCCAGGAGUAA